AUGGCUAAGAUCAGAGACCGAACUGAAGACUUCAAAGAUGCUGUCAACAGGGGAGCUUUAUCUUUGGGAUUUAAUGAGGCCAAAAGGGCAGCUCUAAUGGCAUCUUUCAUCAUGCACAAACCUCGUGAAAGAUCACCUUUCACCAAAGCUGCACUAAAAACACUAGAAAGCAUUGGGACUCUAGAACAGUUCUUGAUAAAGCAUAGAAAGGAUUAUGUAGAUCCUCAUCGUACCACAGAAGAGGAAAGAGACAGCAUUGAACAUGAAGUUAGUGUUUUUGUAAAAGCUUGUAAAGAACAAAUUGACAUACUGAAAAGCAGCAUAACUGAUGAAGAAGCAAAUGGAAAAGGUUGGCUUGGAAUUAGGGGUGACAAUGCUAAUGCAGAUACUGUUGCACACAAACAUGGAGUGGUUUUGAUUUUAAGUGAAAGUCUUCAUUCAGUGACAUCACAAUUUGAUCAACUGAGAGCUGUACGCUUUCAAGAAGCCAUCAAUCGAGCCAUGCCAAGAAGAAAACCAAAGCGGGCCCCACUUGAAAAAACAGAAACAACAAGUUCAUCAGAGACGAGGGACCAAAGUGAAAUUACAACUGAACCCAUGAAAGUACAACAGCAAGUUUUAGAUGACGAAACACGUGCUCUUCAGGUGGAGUUAUCGAGUCUUCUUGAUGCUGCACGUGACACCGAAACAAAGAUGGUAGAGAUGUCCGCAUUGAAUCAUUUGAUGUCGACACAUGUGUUGCAACAAGCUCAACAAAUUGAGUAUUUGUAUGAUCAGGCGGUUGAAGCAACAAAGAAUGUUGAGAUGGGUAACAAGGAGCUAAGUCAAGCCAUAGAGAGGAACAGCAGUAGCAGAGUUUUUCUGUUGCUUUUCAUUGCUGUUUUUACAUUUACUAUUCUUUUUCUUGACUGUGAACAUUGGGUUAAUACAUUUAACUGGUUUGAACCUAUUGUUAAACCUCAUGUGGAACCCAAUGUUAACCCUCUUGUGGAACCUAAUGUUGAGCCUCCCGUGGAACCUAAUGUUCAACCUCACAUGGAACCUAAUUUUGAGACUCAUGUGGAAGAUGUAAGUGGUGGAGAGGUUAUUGACACUGUAGAUAGUGAGGAUAUUGAAGACAAUACAAAUAGUGAUUUCAUAGUUGAUGAGGAUAACAUGUUAGAUGACCCUAAUGUUGAUAUGAAGGACUUUCACCUUAACAUUGACAAAGAGGUUGAGUGGGAACUGACAGACAUGCCAUGCAAGUACACCAUUGCAGCUAUAUGGGAUAUGAGGCUUAAUAAUGAGGAUGCUAGGAUAGCUGAGACAUAG